AUGAAAUCUACGGCGUUCAUUUCUGCAAUUCCGGGCUCGUGCUUCACGGCACAGAGGGCAGCAUCCACCUGCACGCGCCUUGCCAACACCUCGUUCGCUCCAAGACGCCGUUUUCCAGCGCAGGUAACACGUGCAGAUCGGUGCAAUGUGCAAAUGAUCACUGCCGAGGUGGCUCGCAACGCAAUCGCUGUGUAUGGGGUAGUUAUCGCGGGUGGUGGGAUCGGCGCGUUUCUGAAGAGCGGGUCAAAGCCGAGCAUCAUAUCAGGUGUGGUCGCCGGUAUCGUGUUGGCUGGCGCGUAUGUCAAGGAUAGCGUGCCUCUGGCUUUGGGCACAGCUGUCGCUCUAGCUCUCGUCUUUGCCAUCCGCCUCGUCAAGACGAAAAAGUUCAUACCGGCUGGGAUGCUAUGUAUCGCGUCUAUCGCUGCUGCUGCGUUUUUCGCGGCAGCUAUCUAUGCAUAGAUUGGAGUUGUGUAGACGAGGCUGAGAGGAGCAUGUGGGAUCGUGGGAGACGAGAACGAGAAAGGGUGAGCGAGUCGUGGGAUGAUCCCAGUGGUAUUUGUGGCAAGUGUUUUGUUAAAUUCAACGUAGGCUUCUGCUUCGGAGCCUGAAA